GAUUUGACCAUCUAUGUCGAAGCCAACUUUCGAUAAUCUUGUCGAUGAUGUCCAAUUACUUAUCUCUCGUAUGCGUUCACGUGAAGAUGCUGCAGAUGUAUUACGUCAACAGGCAUCGAAAUUACAAGCACAGUUAUUGAGUAUGAGACAGUGUCGAGAAGAAACUCUUGGAUUUGAUGAAUUUUCUAAAUGUGUAUCUGGUCAUCCAAAAGGUCAAUUGCUUAUGUGUCUUGCAGCUGAAAAUAAACAAUUAGAACAAUUAAGAAUUGAAAAUAAAACUUUGAGAAAUUCUCUAGAUGAACAUGACACUGCCUUAGAUAUGAUUAUGAGUAAAUAUCGUGGACAGAUCUCUAAACUGUUAAGAACUAAUCAAGUAGAACAAUUUGUUCAGUCAAUGAUGAUGCCUGAGCUUAAUGAAAUUACAUAUCAGAAUAUUCCUGGACAUGAUAUUCCUUGCCCAAAUAAACCCACUCAAUCGCAGUCUGUAGCGUAUAAACCAAAAUUAGACACAAAUAAUAUUACUACUGAUGGAUCUUGUAAAGUUGAAGAAACUAAAGAUACUCCUUUAGUACAAUCACUAACCGAGCAAUUGACUACAGUUGCUUCUAUAGUUCGUGAAGUCGCUGAUCAAGGUGAUGCAUAUGCUACAGAAUUAGAAGAAGAAUUGCAUCGAUUACGCUCUGAAAAUGCUGGUCUACGCGAACUUUUAAUGAUAUCUUCUGAACAUUGUCCUGAUAAUAAUAUCAGUGAUUCAGUUCACCUACCAGCAGUUUCUUUAUCAUCAUCAUCAUCGAAUAAAGAACAGGAAUCAAUGCUAACUUAUCCAACAAGAGGUUAUAGUUUUCUUAAUCAUCAUGAUAUUGAUUCUAAUUCAUCAUCAAGGCGUUUAACAUGUAUUGAUGAUGAUCAUUCACUAAGAGGUGGUGGCAUCAACAGAAAUGCAUACCUAUAUGACGAUAUUUCGUGUAGUGAAUCUGUUAGAGGUGACAGUGCUUUCACUGAGCAUAACACAGAUCAUCAUUCAAAUAUAGAUAGUGGCGAUGAAGAUGUUAGUACAGUAUGUAGUGACAAUAGCAGUAGUGAUGAAUCUCAAACUACAUAUCCAUUGUAUUUUCGUGAAGAAGUGAAUCAUCCUAAUGAUGAGUAUACUUGAUAUGUGAAUGUAAAUCCCCUUUGAGGUUAAUUAUAAAUUACCUACCUACCUACCUACCGCCUACUUGAUAGAUAUGCAUAUACACCUAUAGUUGUGUAUUUAAAAUGUAAACUUAAAUCUUUUAUUAGACGAUUAGUUUCUGUUUUAAAGGUUAGUGAAGUAAAGUUCUGUAUAUCCUCAAGUGUAGUGCGUGCGUGUGUAUGUGUGUGUGUGUGUGUCUGUGUCUGUGUGGUGCUUAGCUCAUCUUAUAGGAUGCUGUAUUUUUCCCUGCUACUACUACUACUACUACUACUACUAAUAAUAAUAAUAAUAUUAGUAAUGUUUCAACAGGAUGAAUCCAUCUUGCCUUCUAUGUUCUUUCUUUGAGUUUUUCUAAUAUGUAAAGAAAGAAGAACAAGUGUAUGAUUAUUGUUUACAGUGUGUUUUUAAAUUCAAUCUACUUUUCACUAACUCAUGAAUUAUAUUACUAAUAUUAUUAUUAUCAUUAUUAUUAUUUUGAAAUGCUUCAAUAUAUAUAUGUCCGGUUAUAAUUUGUUUGGAAUUGAAAAGCAACCAAUAGAUAAUUUUAGCAUUGUGUGUAACAAACAGAUUGAAACAGAACUGUUGACUUGUCAUUGUGAAAUGGGAUUAACGCAGGAAAAGAAAAUACAAUAAUUAUAAAAAGUGUAUUUUAUGUGAUUACUUAAUUUGUGUACAACCAUUUGUAUGUUGUUGACAAAAUGUGUUGAAAUGAUGAUAUGAAAUAAGACAUUUCUGUCUGUCUGUUUCAUUGACAAUUACAACUGUAUACAAUUAAUUCUGUUAAGUAAAUAAAUAAAUAAACAAAUAUAUCUAUUC